CUGGAACAAGUCUGCUACUCUGCUAUCCUGCAUAGUUUGGACCACGUAAUUUUUUUUCUCUCCCAGGAAUCGCGUAAAUGUUUGACUAUGCAAUGCUGCCAGUUGGGUGGGGAAUGGGAGCGAGUGGUGUACUGACGUGGAUGUUGGAUUCGGAGGUGCAGACGUGCAGUUGUUGUAGAGAACUUUCACCACGCUCCACAGCUUGAUUGAGAGUCGUCGAUUUCCUCUUCUAAUAAAAAUUACGGCAAUUCAAUAAGAGAGUCGUCGAUUUGACUGCGCGAUUCGGUGCGGUCCACAUCGGCGAGCUGCGGUUAUGGCCCGCCAAGAGUAUCCGACGAUCAAAUAAGUCAGCCCGGGCUUUGGCCUUUCUCACAUGAUCACCCGCGCGCGAUGACCAUGGCGAUCGAGCUGCUGCUCCGGCAGCGACGGCGGGGCAUCGCUGUCGCCGCGGCGGCGCCGCUGCUCUUGAUCCUGACCGUUGCCACCUUCUCCUGCUCGCCGGUGGCGGCGACGGCGAGCUCUCCGGAGCUCGUCGAGCUGACCCUCCUCGCCGGAGCUCGAGAGAAGGGCGCAGUGUGCUUGGAUGGGAGCCCGCCUGGUUACCACCUGCAGAGAGGAUCCGGCUCCGGCGCCCACAACUGGCUCGUCUAUCUUCAGGGAGGAGGAUGGUGCAACACCACGAAAAGUUGUUCCGAGCGCAAAAUGACGGAAUUUGGUUCAUCUAAAUUUAUGGAAGCAGUAGAGUUCACUGGGAUACUCAGCAAUCGGCACCGAGAAAAUCCUGAUUUCCACAACUGGAAUAUAGUAGUUAUAAGGUACUGCGACGGGGCAUCAUUUGCUGGGGAUGCAGAGGGUGAAGAUCUGGAUGGAACCAAACUUUUCUUCAGAGGAUUGCGCAUCUGGGAAGCAGUUGUUGAUGAACUCAUGGCAAAAGGACUGGAUACUGCUAAACAGGCCAUGCUUACAGGUUGUUCUGCUGGUAGUCUGGCUGCACUAUUGCACUGUGAUAACUUUCGUGAACGAUUUCCUAAAGAUGUUUCAGUUAAAUGCCUUUCUGAUGCUGGGUUUUUUAUUGACGAAAAGGAUUUAUCUGGAGAAAGGUCCUUGCGGUCACUCAUCAAUGGAAUAGUCCACCUUCAGAAUGUUAGAGAAGCUUUGCCCAAGGGCUGCCUUGCAAAUAAGGAUCCAACAGAGUGUUUCUUUCCUCCUGAACUGAUAAAGAGCAUCAGCACCCCCACAUUUAUUCUGAAUUCUGAUUACGAUUCUUGGCAGAUACGAAACGCUCUUGCGCCAAAUGGAUCCUAUCCUGGACAGGCAUGGUCCAGUUGCAAAGCAGAUAUUCGGAACUGCAGUUCCACACAAAUUGAUGUACUGCACGGAUUCAGGAAGAAAUUAGUCAGUGAAUUGAAGGUUGCUGAACAUAACAGGGAUUGGGGGCUGUUCAUUGAUUCAUGCUUCACCCACUGUCAAACACCAUUCAGAAUCUCAUGGAUCUCACGGAUCUCCCCAAGACUUGGUAAUAAGACUAUCGCAGAGGCUGUUGGGGAUUGGUAUUUUGGUAGAAGGGAAGAAGUGAAAUAUAUUGACUGCGAGUAUCCAUGUAACCCCACAUGCAGCAGCCGUCUGCCUAGUGCUUAAUCUAUAAAGGACCGCACUGAUUACAGGUCUUUCCCCAUUUUCACAGUUUUUAACCUCAAUUCUAACUUUGUCUUGUCGAGGUUUCAAAAAGAGACUUUAUUUUGUUGAUAAGACCUGCAUUAAACUAAACACGAUUUGAAGUACUAUUAGUCGUACUUCACAUCAACACAA